ACAUUUAUUAAUUGGCUCAUAAUGCCUGAUGUUGAGGCUCAACUAGAAGCCCUGUCUGAACUUCGUUUCGACAUCAAGAGCCUAGACGACAACUUCACGUUAAAAUCUCGGUUGUCUACAUCUGUAGAUGCACUAUGUGCGUUUAUACGGGAUGAUAUUCAGGAAUGGUCAUUGGUCAAUGAGUUUGAACGGGUCCAUCAAUUCUUAUGUCAAGUAUUUGAUGAUGAACUACGCGCUGCCAAUGCUUCCGUAGACGGUCUCAAGAAAGAACUAGAGGAAGCCGAAGCAGAACAUCGCAAGCUGACUGCGGAGCUAGAUGAGAUCGAGAGUUCAUACAACAACGUUAACGAUGAAAGUUCUAUGCUACAGGCCCAGCAAGCUAGCUCUUUGAUUGAGGAAGCUUUUGCUUUAAGUUAUGCUUAUGAAGAAUCUAUACUAGACGAGGAGAGUUCCCGACACCAGGAAAAGUUACUGUCUGACAUCGCAACGAUCGAAAAAGCGUCUGAUGCUGACGCUGAAGAAAGGGACAGGCUGCUGUAUGAAUUUUUGACGUCAUCGCUUAACAUUACUGUUGUUAGUGCUAAUGAUAAGGAGGUCCAAUUUGCUCUUCUCAAUGAGCCGGAGGACCGUAGUACACAAACUUGGGACUUAGUCACCGUGAAGACAAGUGAAAUGGACUUACCUGCCACUAGUAAAUAUCUUUGGAGUUUGAUUGAACGGACGUUCCAGCAUAGUGGAGAGGAGUCUAUAACGAACCCCGUAUUGGACACCGUUAGGUUAUCGCUAUAGUUAUUGUAUAGAAACAAGUUAUUUUA